AUGAAAUUAACAAUCAUCUCAUCAAAUACAAACUUUACUGCCAUUCGUGCCUGUAAGACUGCAGCUGAUGAACGAACUGUCAUACAAAAAGAGUCAGCAGCAAUACGUACAAGUUUUAAAGAAGAAAAUAAUGAUGCACGACAUUCAAAUGUGGCAAAACUACUUUACAUUCAUAUGUUGGGUUAUCCAGCUCACUUUGGUCAAAUAGAAUGUUUAAAACUGGUUGCUUCAAAUAGAUUUGCAGAUAAAAGGCUCGGAUAUUUGGGAAUAAUGCUUUUAUUGGAUGAGAAUCAAGAAGUAUUGACUUUGGUUACUAAUUCUUUGAAAAAUGAUAUGAACCAUGCAAAUAUGUAUGUUGUAGGAUUAGCUUUAUGUACUUUGGGUAAUAUAUCAUCACCAGAAAUGGCACGUGAUUUAUGCACUGAAGUUGAGAAAUUAUUGAGCAACUUCAAUACUUAUAUUAGAAAAAAGGCAGCGUUAUGCGCAAUGCGUAUUAUUCGUAAAGUCCCUGAAUUGCAAGAAAAUUUUAUAUCAAAAGCAAAAUCCCUUCUAAAUGAUAGAAAUCAUGGAGUUUUGCUUACCGCCAUAACUCUUAUAAUAGAAAUGUGUUCAAUCAAUUCAGAAGCUUUACAAACAUUUCGCAAGGCAGUUCCAUUGUUGGUUCGACAUUUAAAAACUUUGGUUUCUGUUGGAUUUUCUCCUGAGCAUGAUGUUGGUGGUGUGGCUGAUCCGUUUUUACAAAUUAAAAUAUUAAAGCUUUUAAGAAUUUUGGGUAAUGGUGAUUCUGAAGCUAGCGAGACAAUGAAUGAUGUUUUGGCACAGGUUGCAACAAAUACCGAGUCAUCAAAAAAUGCUGGAAAUGCAAUUUUAUAUGAGACUGUAUUAACUAUCAUGGAAAUUCAAUCGGAGAGUGGUCUUCUGGCAUUAGAUACUAAUGCAGUGCAACGACAUAGAAAUAUAAUACUUGAUUGUUUACGUGAUGCUGAUAUUUCAAUUAGAAGGCGUGCAUUAGAGUUAGCUUUUGCAUUAAUUAAUGAGUCAAAUGUUAGAGUUUUAACUCGUGAGUUGUUGGCAUUUUUGGAGGUGGCUGAUAAUGAAUUUAAACAAGGCAUGACCACAAAGAUUUGUUUGGCUACUGAUAGAUUUGCUCCUAAUAAAAGGUGGCAUAUUGAUACAGUAUUACGAGUAUUGAAAUUAGCAGGUAACUAUGUCCGUGAAGAGAUACUAUCAAAUUUCAUUCGACUUGUCGCUCAUACAUCAGAAUUGCAUGCCUAUACUGUACAGAGACUAUAUUCUGAUUUAAAAGAUGAUAUUUCUCAGGAAUCACUAACAUUAGCUGGUGUUUGGAUAAUUGGGGAGUAUGGUGAUGUAUUGAUUAAAGGUGGUAAUUUUGAAGAAGAAGGACUAGUAAAAGAGGUAACAGAGCCUGAUGUUAUUACUUUGAUUGAAUCAAUUUUAGCUGGACCAUAUGCAAAUCAAAUCACCAGAGAAUAUUCGGUAACAGCAUUGAUGAAAUUAACAUCACGUUUCACAAAUUCAUCUGUCAUCCAAACCAUUAAAUCUAUAAUUGAAAGAUACAAAUCCAGUAUAGAAGUUGAGAUACAACAACGUUCUGUUGAAUAUACUAACCUAUUUGAUUUUGAUAAUAUUCGAUCUGCCGUACUUGAAAGAAUGCCUGUACCUGAUUAUAAAGAAGAAUCUUCCACUUCACGUCCAGUUUAUGACAUAAUAUCUGAUGAGAAUAAUGGUAGUGGAAGUGGAACAAAUAGUGGUGAUAUUCUUUUAGAUUUUGAAAGUGAGGUAGUUGAUAGUGGUAGUAAUAAGCAAACAACUAUGCCAUCAACAUCUCAAAAUACAGCUGAUGAAGUAAUACGUCAAAUAUUGCUUCGCAAUCUAUUAAAUCAACGAUAUCAUGCAUUUAUCACAACAGAACUUGGUGGUCCAGAUCCAUAUGUGGCCUAUAACAAAAAUGGUUUUAAGAUUACAUUAAAACCAUCUAAAAAUAUUGACAACCCAAAUCUUCUUGAUAUUUUGGUUACGUUUUUGAACGUUGGAGUGGGAUCGUCUGUUCAAAAUCUUUUGUUCCAAGCUGCUGUUCCUAAAACUCAAAAAUUACAAAUGCAACCACCUUCCGCAACAACAAUUAUACCUGGUUCAUCAGCAACUCAAUUAAUUCGUGUUAUGAAUCCUGCAAAGACAAAUGUAAGAUUAAGACUUAGAAUCGUUUAUCAAACAUCAGCAGGUAGUAAAGUGGAUGAAAUUGCUGAAUUUAAUGAAUUUCCACAAGAAUUUUGGUAA